CAGUGCUCAGUUGCCUGAGGGCUGGGGAGGAGGCAAUAAGAGAAGGAGGCUGAACCACCACCCCUCCCCCACCGGCCAGUCCAGUAGAUUGAGUAGAGUGAUUCAGAAGAUGGAGGAGAAUGUCUUUUCUCUGAGAAGCAUUAGUGCUACCUGGCUGAGCACCACACCCACUCCCUGGGUGAUUGAGAUCUUCCUCAGCUUUCUGUGUGGACUGGGACUCUUUUUCUUGUUACUCCCCUGCUUCUCGAGUAAUCUGUCCUCACCACCACCCAGGAAGCACAGAAACAUCAGGAAGCAUCAUACAGAGCUGAGGGGAAGGAGCAGCAGGACUAGGAAGAAAAGUGGAGCUUUGAGAGCUUGUAGAGACUGCCUGAAAGAACUGGAGGAGGCUCGGGACCUGGCUUCACUUCUGCAUAGGUAAAGAAUCUUUCCCUUCUCUCCUGGUCCUCCUUCUUCCCAGAGCCUAUGAUGUGACCUCAGGGCUG